AUGCAGAAUGUGAAUAUCUGGGACUGGGAUGCACCCGCGGUACAUUCAUUUGUGCUGAUCUUCGUCUUAAUUUCCAUUUUUCUGAUCUGCAUUUUAUGUGUUCUCGGCAUAAUCUUCUGUAGGAGGAGGUGCGUCGUUUCCAUUUAA